AUGUGUUUCUGUGCAGACAGAUAUUAGACGUGGGUGCCGAGUACUGCACUGGUUGUUUAGAUAUCGCUUUAUUCAGUGGACAAAUAGGAAAUUAGGUCAUGUCUGAAGACUUUAGUGUUGUCGUUGUGGGCUCUUGUAUGACUGAUUUAGUAAGUCAGGCACCUCGAUUCCCCAAGGCUGGAGAGACGAUACAUGGACACAGGUUCUUUAUUGGCUUUGGUGGAAAAGGGGCCAAUCAAUGUGUCCAAGCUGCACGAAUGGGGGCCAAAACUGCCAUGGUGUGCAAGGUUGGCAGAGACGUUUUUGGGAAUGACUACAUUCAAAACUUCAAAAAUAACGGCAUAUCGACUGCCUAUGUAGAGCAGACUGAAAAGGCCGCGACUGGAGCCGCCUCUAUCAUUGUAAAUGACACAGGGGAAAAUGCCAUAGUGAUUGUUGCUGGUGCUAAUUUGCUCCUGGGGCAAGAGGAGCUACAACGGGCACAGUCUGCAAUAAUAAGCGCCAAUGUGCUUGUUUGCCAGCUUGAAAUCAGCCCAGAUGCAUCGCUACAGGCCCUAAAAAUGGCUAGAGACAACCAUGUGAAGACUAUUUUUAAUCCAGCUCCUGCUAUUGCGUACAUGGAUUCUGAUUUCUACAAAGCAUCUGAUGUUUUCUGCUGCAACGAGUCUGAGGCUGAGAUGUUGACUGGUCUCUCCGUUACCUCAGUGGAAGAUGCUAAUCAAGUUGGCCUGGAGCUGUUAAACAAAGGUUGUGCUUCGGUUAUUGUUACCUUGGGGUCACAGGGCUGUGUGGUGUGUCAGUCUACAAACAAGACCCCUAAACACAUUCCCACCAUUGAGGUCACUGCUGCGGAUACCACGGGAGCAGGCGACAGCUUUAUUGGGGCUCUGGCUUUUUACAUGGCUCAUUAUCCAACAAUACCAUUGGAAGAGAUGGCCAGAAGAGCAAACCUUGUCGCAGCGGUGUCUGUACAAACUGUCGGCACUCAAACAUCUUUUCCAUUUCGGAAGGAUCUGCCAACUGAACUAUUCUGAAGGUGACCCC